AUGCACAUCGAUUUAAAGUCGCUCUCAGCAACUCGUGUCGUACUCGACGAUGGUACUUAUUCUGGUUGGGUAACCAGAAAUGGAAACUUUCACAUACCACACGUCCCGCCGGGCACGUAUAUCCUUACUGUUCUCUCUCCGCAGCACUGGUUUGAUCAGCUUCGCAUCGACGUUCUGCCGUCGUCAGACCUCCCAGAAGUCCGCCCAUACCUUCCAGGGACACCACUUUACUCGUCUACAGCACAACACAUCACGCUUCCUUACCCGCUUCACCUGGAACCUAAACGCAAACUCGACUUUUUCGUACCGCAGGAAUCCUUCAAUGCGCUUGCCCUGCUCAAGAGCCCUAUGGUUAUUAUGAUGAUAAUCACCGCGGGAAUGGCCCUCGGUGUGCCGUAUUUGAUGAAGAAUCUGGAUCCAGAGACAUUGAAGGAGAUCAACGAACAGCACCAGAAAAUCGCACAGGUACAGUCAUCUGGCUUGUCUGGUUUGAUGAACGUAGCAACAUCCGGUUUGCAAGAAGAGGAGCGGCCAGCCUCAGGUGGCAAGCCAAAAGGUGGCAAAGCGGUCAAGCGGCGAUGA